AUGAAGCGCCAGUCUCAUCAUCGAUCCGAUAAUAACCAACCUAUUGCAUUUGCGAGGAAGCAUAGAUUCAAGGAUACCUUGGCACUAUUUAUCGUGUUUUUAAGUUUCAAUCAUUUUGCAUCGUUAUGCUUGUUGAUCUCUUUUGUUAUAGCAACGAGGUGCAGAAACUUCUUGGCAAAUUCCUUUAUUACAUUAUUUUUGUCCAAAAAGCCAUCCCCUCCCAUGACUGAAGUAUCUCACGUUGAUCAUGAAUCAAGUACGGAAUAUCUAAUGAAUCCAACCGAUAGGAAAUCAACUGCAUCUUACACUCGGAAAAAUAGGCUCAAUCUGUCAAUACCCUUAUUAUUAGGCGAGAUGAUAUUUGCAACGAUAUUGAAGUUUUACGGCGAGGAUUACUUCAUGAACCCUAUCGAGAAUUUGGCGCUUUCCAUUUUAGCAUCGUCUAUGAUCAAUGACCCUAGCGAUUGUUUGAGUUACGCGACUUCAUGUUCAGUAUUAUAUGCUGCGACAUUGCACAUUUACCGAAAAAGUGGUGUCAUUCGACAUUUACAUGAGGUUCUAAGUCAGCUGGGUUCAAUUUACUCUUUAUCAAUUCCAUUACUCAAGUCUGCAACGCCGCUUGAUGGCGAGAAGCUGGCUCAGAACCUCCUUUCAACUGGAAAGUUACUGCCAUGGAUAGACAGGUAUGGACGUCAUUUAUUAUAUUACAUCUCAUUCCAUAUCGUGGUCUAUCAAUUCGGUCAGAGCACGUUGAACCCUCACCAUUACGACGAUAAAGUAAAAAUCUCUAAAAAGGCAUACUUGCCCAAAAAUGAAGCUAAUCGAGGAGCAGGGCAGAGAAUUAGUUCUGGAAGCACAUCCAAACCCUCCUUCGAAGCUACAAUAUCACAGAAUCCACCAGCAAGUCUCGCCGACAGGGGUAUUAACGGCACUCAAGAUGCGACUACCAACUCCAGUCCGGGCCUUUACAGCGCGGCAAAUCUAACCGCUAAUUAUCAUAAGAAAAACGUCGAAAGGCAGACACCCACGCCAUAUUUCACCGAGGUCGUAAGUCAAUUUGAGUCUUUUGAACCCUCCUUGACAUUUACGAGUGAGAAUAACUUUCAAGCAGGAACCACCAAUGUCACACUACCUUCGCCUACCACAUCUCGAGGAACAGAGAGCGAUGAGGCUGCGAAGACCUAUACAAAUCAAUUUUAUGAGAUCAAAGUGGAUUUCAAGAAAAAUCGAGAGACUCGUAACUUAAACCUUGACGUUACAGUCACUAGUAAUCUAGAGAAUUUCAUCCGUCACCUUUUCAAGAGGAAAAACCAGCAUUUGAUACCGCCUUUGUGGUCAAUCGUCGUAACCUUGAAGACUACCAAUUUCGAGAAAAAAUAUUUGAAUGGAACGAGAGAAGUUUCGUUGACCCCAACAAACUCAGGGACAGGUUCUGAUAAUGAGGUCGCGGAUAAUUGCAUCACACCCACUAAUUCAAAUAAUAGUUUCAAUGAUGAAGUCACUGAGAGCGUUUUCAAUAAAUUGCAAUCGUCUGGGACAAUGGCUGUGAUUGCACAGACAGCUUCUGAUGAUUACGCUCAAUUGCACUUAGUAUCAACUAAGGAUAAUAUUUUCAAUAAAAAUGACAACGAUUUCAAAGUUUGCAUCGUGGAGAUUGCGAGUAACUCUAUAACGUUCCAAAUUGAGAAUUUGCAUGAAGGUGAACUUAUCGUUCUUGUCAACGGUGUCAUUUGGUCUGAAGUUUCAUGCGCUCUUAUUCUGGAACAUGAAGGCGAAGAGUUGGUCGUUGUUGGUGGCCUAGUUCCAGCCUGCUCUUAUGAUAUUCAGUUUAUCAACAGACUGAACCAGCUGGAGGACUAUUUGAUUGCCGACCUGAUGGUCAGGACUGUAGGGGGUCAAGAGGCGUCUGAGAGAUUCGAGAAUAUUGAUUUUAGUUUCCCUUCCUAUUAUCAUAGAAAGUUUUUGUCUCCAUUAUUAACUUUGAAACACUCAGUCUUGACCACUAAUACCAACUUGGCCGAGGGUCGUGUGAAGUUGAAGAAGAGCAAGAAGGAAAUUAGCAAAAAGUUAAAUGCCUUGAGACAGGAAAUAGAUCAUUAUAAGAGCAAGAUCUCGCAAAACGCAUCGAAUGACGAAAAGAGCGCAUCGAAAGUGGAAAGCCUGAAGACUGCCGUACAGCAAAGUGAAAAAACGUUGGCCAAGUUGGAACAACAUUUGAAGCAGACUAGUGACAAGGAAGCCUUACUGGAAGAAGAAUAUUUGAAACAAAAAGAUGCCCAUCUGAGAAAGCAAAUGGAAUAUAGCAAGCUAGAGGAUUUACUCAAGACAGAAUUGAAUACUGCAAAGAGUAAGAGUCAAAAGUUGCAGCAAGACCUGAACCAGUUAAACGCCAAGAAGGAAAAGCUUAGUGCAAAACAGGAAAGACUCCAAAAGGAGGUUGAUCAAACCACAGAGGCAUUCGAACUUUUCAAGAGUCAAUUUGUGGCUAAAAGAGAGAAGGAUAGGGCUAAGAGGUUUGAGAAUAGAGCACGAGAAGCUAACGAGUUUGAGAUGAACAUCAAUGGACUGGAACAAGAUAUAAGCCGCCUUGAAGGUGAGAAUGGCAAUAUCCAAAAGAUUACGCAGCGAAUUUGA